AUGGAAUUGUCGCUUUUGACGGCCAGACUUCCGGAAGGAUGGAACCUUCCCAGCUACUUGUCCGCAAUUGUACAGGUUCGGAAAAAGCGGCAUGGCCUAUUUUUGCUUGAAAAUUAUCGAGAACAACAUUUCAUAACAAAAACAGCCCUUGGAGAACUUUUUUUAUAAUUCAUCGGGAAGGUGCUUCGAAAAAACUGCUAUUCGUUUGAAGAAACGGAAACAACCCCAAAAUUGUGCGCCGCUUCUUUACCAGAAGUUUUCAAAACUUAUUAUUCCAAUCAGAUUUUAAUUGCAGGUGGCAUGUCUUGGUCCCUUGAUCUACUCUAUCAUCCACAAGGGAACAAAAGUGAAUAUCCCGCAGAUCCCUCUGAUAUUCGUCUUUAUGCUCCUUGCGUGUGUCUGCCAACUCGGUAACUUUUUCUUCAUCUCUCAAACCGCCCCCUUCUCUUUGUUUCUAGGCCUGUGCUUCUUCUGGUCCGACACGGGGAACCUGUUCGGAUCGGUCCGUUCCUGGCCGCUCUAUCUCCUUCUCUUCGGUUUGGCCAUCGUCGACGCCAUCUCUAGCGUGCUCUUCCUUCCCUUCAUGGCUCAAUUCCAUCCCGCCUUCCUGAAUGCCUACUUUGUGGGAAUGGGAUUGAGCGCCCUUAUUCCUAGUCUGUUGUCACUUGUACAAGGUAAAUCAUUUUUUGAAAUGGAUCAGACAAAUCGACGAUUUAGGAACUUCCAACUACUGGUGCGACAAUGAUAACGAACCCCACUAUUAUCCACCUCGAUUCUCGGUCUCCGUCUUUUUUCUCAUCACCUUCUUCUUCACCUGCGCCGCCGUCGUUUCUUUUGCGAUUCUUUACAAGACAGGAGCACACACGCACUCCUCAAAAGCUGAUUCGAUCACAGAGCCAGCGGAAUCGGAAAAAGAGAGCAGGCAAGCGGAUCACAAAGUUAAGUCUGACUGUAAAAUUUCAGUAGUUUUCAGGAUGUUUCCCCUCCUCAACCGAGUACUUCCGGUGCCCAGUUGGCCUUUUUUCUCGUCGCAACUGCUCUCGUGAAUGCACAAAUGAACGGAAUCAUUACGAGUGUGCAGAGCUACGCGACUCUUCCCUAUUCUCAGGUUGGUAGUGCACAUCCGAAGGAGUUUAUCGGAGUCUUUCAGAGUACCUAUCACUACGCGGUGACCCUGUCCAACGUGGUUUCUCCGUUGGCUUCCUAUCUUCAGUUUUUUGUCAAAAUACGGAAGAUUCCAAUACUGGCGGCCCUGACUGUGUGCUCUUCUCUGGCCACCGCACUCAUUGUAUACCUGGCGGCUCUCUCGCCCAACUGGAUAUUCGGCUCAGAGUCUGUUGGAAGCGCCAUUUCGGUCGGUUCUUAAGGCAAUUUUAGAGCAAAAGAAAUAAAGUUUUAGAUAGCAAGUUGUCUGAUCGCAGCCGGAUUACACUCGUAUCUUCGAGUCAUGUUCGCCGCUUUGUUGAGAGAAGGCAACCACAAAGAGUCGAGACUUUUCUGGUGCGGAGCCUUUAUUCAGGUGGGACACACUGAAAAGAUCAUCUGUAAGUGGCUUUCAGAUCGGCUCGUUCACCGGAUCGGCCAUCAUGUUCCCGUUGGUCAACACGUGGCAACUGUUCCAUUCUGCUCCGUCUUGCCGCCCGUCCUCUUGA